AUGGCGUCUGGCGGAGGGAACAUCAAGGUCGUGGUGCGAUGCAGGCCCUUCAACGGCCGAGAAAAGGCGCGCAAUGCACAGUGUAUCGUGCAGAUGAAGGGCGACCAGACCAUCCUCUCUCCCCCAUCACACGCCGACGUCAAAGGAAAAGCCGCCAAAGCCGCCGCUGAAGGCACCAAGACGUUCGCAUUCGACAGGUCGUACUGGUCCUUUGACCGCGACGCUCCCAACUAUGCGGGCCAGGACAACCUACACGAAGACCUGGGCAAGCCGCUGCUCGACAAUGCCUUCCAGGGAUACAACAACUGUAUUUUCGCCUAUGGUCAGACGGGUUCAGGAAAGUCGUACUCCAUGAUGGGCUAUGGCGCCGAGUACGGAAUCAUCCCCAAGAUUUGCCAGGACAUGUUUGAGAGAAUCAAGGGAUUGCAAGCAGACAAGAACUCCUCGUGCACCGUCGAAGUCUCGUAUUUGGAAAUCUACAACGAGCGCGUGCGCGAUCUGCUGAAUCCAUCCAACAAGGGAAAUCUACGAGUUCGAGAGCAUCCAUCCACCGGUCCCUAUGUCGAAGAUCUGGCCAAACUCGUCGUUCAGUCCUUCCCCGAAAUCGAGAACCUCAUGGACGAAGGAAACAAGGCUCGUACUGUGGCUGCAACCAACAUGAACGAGACGUCCUCCCGAUCGCACGCCGUCUUUACCCUUACCCUCACCCAGAAGCGCCACGAUGUCGAGACAAGCAUGAGCGGGGAGAGGGUGGCCAAGAUUAGUCUGGUCGAUUUGGCUGGAUCAGAACGAGCGCAAUCCACUGGUGCAACUGGUGCAAGAUUGAAGGAGGGCGCAGAGAUCAACAGGUCACUAUCCACGCUGGGUCGUGUCAUUGCAGCGCUUGCAGAUCAGUCAUCGGGAGGGAAGAAGAAGACACAAGUGCCGUAUCGAGACUCUAUCCUAACAUGGCUCCUGAAAGACUCAUUAGGAGGAAACAGUAUGACUGCUAUGAUUGCCGCCAUCUCUCCCGCCGACAUUAAUUUUGAGGAGACACUUUCGACCCUCCGCUACGCCGAUUCCGCCAAACGCAUCAAGAACCACGCUGUCGUGAACGAGGACCCCAACGCGCGCAUGAUCAGAGAACUCAAGGAAGAGCUUUCAAAACUGCGGUCCCAGCUAGGCGGAGGAGGGGGCGGGGGUGCCGGAGGAAACGGCGUCGUGGAAGAGCAAUAUGCACCCGACACACCGCUGGAAAAGCAAAUCGUUUCUAUUACACAAGCAGACGGUUCGAUCAAGAAAGUCUCCAAAGCUGAAAUUGCUGAGCAGCUUGAUCAAUCCGAAAAACUCUACACCGAGUUGAACCAAACCUGGGAAGAGAAACUGCAAAAGACAGAAGAGAUCCACAAAGAGCGGGAGGCUGCGCUGGAGGAGCUUGGCAUCAGUAUUGAAAAGGGUUUUGUUGGCCUAUCAACACCCAAGAACAUGCCUCAUUUGGUCAACUUGAGCGAUGAUCCACUCUUGACUGAAUGUCUUGUCUACAAUUUGAAACCAGGGACAACGACCGUAGGCAAUUCUGACGUCGAAAACCAGACUGCUCAAAUACGUCUGAAUGGUUCACAAAUUCUUGCAGAACACUGUCACUUCGAAAACGUGGACGGCAAGGUGACUGUGAUACCCCAGGAAACCGCCAGUGUCAUGGUCAAUGGCGUACGCAUCGAUAAGCCAAGGUUACUCAAGAGCGGUCACCGCAUCAUCCUCGGCGACUUCCACAUCUUCCGCUUCAACAACCCACAAGAGGCAAGAGCUGAGCGUGCUGAAGUAGGCACAAGCCUACUCCGCCAGACGGUUACUGCCAGCCAGCUCAACUCUCCUUCGCCUGCACCAAGACCCGGUCACGACAGAUCGUACAGCGCCAUCAGCAUAGCAAACUCCGAUUUCGACCCCGAUAGUCCCAGAGCAGGAUCGCCUGCAUUCUGGCAACGCGGUCGUGAGUCUGAAUUCUCUUACGCACGCAGAGAGGCUCUUACCGCCUGGCUCGGGCCUGAUAAACGGAUCGAGAACCUUCCAGACGAGGACUUUGAAGCACUAUUCGAGGAUCUCAGCAGGUUGCGCGAAACCCGCAAAGCCCGUCCUGAGAGUAGGAUAUUCAGUGACGAAGAUACAGAGUCAAUGUCGUCGUAUCCUGUACGAGAGAAGUAUGCCUCUGGAGGGACACUGGAUAACUUCUCGCUCGACACCAUGUUGACGAUGCCGUCCACGCCGAGGCAAGACGGCAGUGAAAAGAUGGAAGAGAUAAGAGAAGACAUGGAAGACCAGAUAGACGAAAAGAAGGGGGAGUACAGUGCGAAAAUGAAGGCUGAUGCAGAAGCCAAAGUUGAGUUGGAACAGCUGCGGGCUGCGAAAGAAGAGAUGCAGAAGCAAUUACAACAGCAACAAGAGGCUUUUGCGCGCCAAAUGAAAGAGCUUGGGCACGAAUGGGUACCCGAGAGCGUACCCGAGAGUAAUGGAGCCUCUGAGGUCGGAACAAUACCCGGAAACACCGAGCAGAAUGAACAGCAACUAGAGUUGAUCCGGACAGUGUUCAGACAGUGGCGGCGAAGAAAGUAUGUCACUAUGGCGGAGACGCUUCUGCAGAACGCAGCUAUCCUAAAGGAAGCUCAAGUCAUGAGCCAACAGAUGGACAAGCACGUGGUUUUCCAAUUCUGUAUUGUCGACGUCGGCCAUACUGUUCCGUCAUCUUACGACUUAGUCAACAUGGGCAUCCCCGGCGAAGACGACGAACACCUCGACAGCCAGUCUAAGCCAUGUGUUGGUGUUCGUGUCAUCGACUUCAAGAAGGAAGUGGUGCAUUUGUGGUCAUUGCAGAAGCUCCGCGAUCGCGUACGACGGAUGCAUCAAAUGCAUCAGUAUAUGAACCGACCAGAAUACUUUCAGCACUUUAACCCUGAGUCGCCAUUCUCCGAACCCUGUAUGCCCGAGUUCUCGCGCAUUGGCGAUGUGGACGUUCCGCUUGCUGCUGUGUUCGAGUCUAGAGUACGAGACUUUAGUCUAGAUGUCAUCUCUCCUUACACAGCGAACCCUAUUGGUAUCAUCCGGCUAUCGCUAGAGCCUUCCUCUGCGGAGGCUCCCUCUACUACGCUGAAGUUCAAUGUUGGUAUGCAUGAACUUGUUGGGUUUCCAGAACGAGAAGGCACUCAAGUCCAUGCUGUACUCUUCGUCCCCGGUAUCUCUGACGAGAGUGGAGCGACGACCACAACCUGGAUCACCGAUUUUAACGAAGGGCCUAUCCGCUUUGAGAGUGUACACAGUAUGAGCCUUCCCUACCCAAGCCCGCGUGAGACCUUCCUUCGAAUCUCUAUCUUCGCGAAGGUCACCGACAUCCACCUCGAUAAGCUUCUGAGCUGGGAUGAUAUGCGCGACUCUGCAGAAAAACCCAAGCAAAAGCGCCGUCAUGCGCGAUUGCCAGAGUCGGAGUUUUACACAGAGGAUACACAUGACAUCUUCUCACGCAUCCAGAUACAAGAAAUCACGGACGAUGGGACCUACCAGCCUGUUGAGGUAACACAAAGCAACGUUACGGACGCCGGGGUAUACCAACUUCACCAAGGUCUUGCGCGUCGCAUUGUUGUCAACCUUACACACACUUCUGGAGAUACAAUUCAGUGGGAGGAUGUAAAGUCGGUACGCAUGGGUCACAUUCGAAUGGUCGACGCAGCUGGCAACAGUCCCAACUACGGCUCACCUGUGAAGGAAGUACCUGUCGAUCUCAUCUCCCCACCCGUCAUUCGGAAGAACGCCGAUGGCACCACGAAUGUCAAAUUUGUAGGACGAUGGGACAGCACGGCUCACGCGUCACAAAUACUAGAUCGCGCGACAAAGGACAACUUCCGCGUCAAGGUCACGCUCCUCUUCGACGUCACAUCCUCCAAACUUAUCGAACCGAUGUCCUUCUCUUUCGACCUUUUCGUACAGAUUCGAGGCCGCUCGUAUAUGCGCCAAACGUCACUCUUCUCUUUGGCCAGUAUCUGGAAUACCGUGAAAGUUGUUCACUCGACAGUAGGAAUCUUCAAUGUCGCAAUCCGUCCCACAUCUGUCAAGCGUGCGACAGACCUCUGGCGCAUGAACACAAAAGACGACUAUGUAAAGGGCGAAGAACAGCUCUCGGGCUGGACACCUCGUGGUGUCUCUUUGGUACGCGACUUCAUCGAUGUUGAGAAGCGCCGCGCUCGCAUCGCAGAUAUAGAAACGGCGCGUUCCGUCUUGUCGUCGAAGGCACUGAGCAUACCCACUUCCGCACUUGCUUCCAACAAGGACAAGCCCUUAGAAGACGCUCAGAUAGCACUUCUGCAACGCAUGAUUUCACUCUGGAAAACCAAGAAAGCUCCGGCAGAGAUCAUACUCAACCCCACAAACCUUGAGCCACCCGUCAAUGGCGCCGCCUUCGCGUCACGCUCUUCUUCUCCGUCGCCAAACCCAACACCUAGCUUAACAGCUACCGUCCGGUUCAUUAGCAAAAAUCCGAAUCUCAUGAAAGCGUCCUAUCUCCUCACUCCGGAUCCAACGAACACGCGCUGGAUCCGGCGAUACGUUGAGCUGCGAAAGCCUUAUCUCCACAUCUAUUCAUCAGAUGGCGACGAAAUCAAUGCCAUUAAUGUCAGCACCGCGCGCAUUGAUCAUUCGCCGCAGAUUGCGAAACUACUUGGAGGCGGACAGCAAAGUAACGGACAAGGAAAUGCUGGCGUGCACAAGGACGUUGUCUUUGCCGUCUUUGCCAGAAGCAAUACUUAUAUCUUCCGAGCGAGAAGUGAGAGGGAAAAGAUUGAGUGGAUAUUACGAUUGGAUCAAAGUUACUUCAGCAGCGAGGGUAGUGAGGCGUCGUCGUAA